AUGUGUACAUCUGUAACUCUGGUUGUGUUCAUGCUAGGAGACGAUGAUGGCCGUUUCCUGAUGGACAGAGAUACGGGGGAGGUUAAACUGAUGCGGGGGGUUAAAGACAGACUCACAACUCCAGAGCUGCAUCUACAGGUCAUGGCAUACCAGGACGAUGACCCCAGGAAGUAUUCUGUCGCUACAGCUUUGGUCCGAAUUUUGGCAGUGAACCAGUUUCAUCCAGAGUUUGACAUGGCUGAAUAUAAAGGCUUUGUAACUGCGACAAAGAGCCCUGCCUCUCUGGUCAACACCUACGGCAGCAAAGCACUGAUGUUACACGUGCAAGAUAAAGACUUUAACAAUGGUUUCAAUCCCAAGAUCCACUUCACCAUCAGUCCUACAUCCAAUCACACAGACAUCUUCCAAAUCACACACGAGGGUCUUUUGAUCGCCAGGACCAAUCAGCUCAAACCAAAACAGAAACACUUUGUAAAGGUAGCUGCUGUAGACCAGGAGUCGGGUGACGCCACCUUUGCUACUGUAGUGGUGGAGGUGUUAUCUGAGGGACAAUCAAUCCCUCAUAGUCCACUGAUGGAUGACCGUGUGAUCGGCUGCACCCUGGGCAAGGCGUUUUUUCUCAGCAUGGUGUUCAUAACUGUAAUUGGAAUUAUAACGACACUGGGGAUGUGGCAGAAGAAGAAGAAAAAGGGAAUGAGGAACCCGCUGGAGAGAGGCUGCGUGGCCCAGGGAAAGCACCGCAAUGUGAGCUUACGGUGGUUCCAACUGGCAAGUCACCGUAGUGGCAUGUCAAACACAGAGGAAAUACCAUACAACAAUGACGAAUACGGAACCUGCAAUCCCUCCUUCAGCUUCACAGACAACCCUGGCGUCUACACCCACCAAGACCUCCCGUCUUGCCAAGGACCCGUUCCACCCAGAACGACCGCUGCACCCGACACCAGCUUCAUCCCAGCUGAAUCUGCGCUCAGCCCUGUGAUCUUCAACAAUGUUUUAACACUACCCCAAAGGUCCUAUAGUUUACCUACACUUCACCCGGCCUCUGAGGAGGGGAGCCCUACACAUACGGCUCAAAUGUCUUCUCCAUCUGAAGAAUACUCACCCACUGAUACAUCCAUUGACCUCACUGAGGAUGUACCUAUCAUCAGUCCUAGCCCUGCAACACCUGAUAGCACAGGCUCUCCACCCUUCACCUGUCCUGAUUCACAAACUACAAAAACAACAACCAGCAUUGACCCCACUGACUCCUUCACCAGCCAGUCUCAGUCCAGUGUGCCAUUCAGUCUUACCCAAAUUGCUUCAGCAGAAAUAGACAAACCCUUUCGCAAGCCUCGUGUGAAGACGCCUCCAUAUUCACCUUUACUGUCCUCGCCACUGGCCAAGCAGAUGAGGACAUCCCCACCUACCCCAGAGCAUGCACCUUUAAAAGCCAGGCUGGUACUUAUAGAUACUUCUCCCCUUGAUACACCUCCAGAAACACCACAGCGACCAUCUUUAACUCCAAUCACAGAGGGAGACCAACCCUCCACAUCACAGGACUUCACAGAGCGCUCAGGAGGGGCUGCAGGUGCCGGGACUCAAUCUCAGGUCAUGAGGCACUUUACAAACUUUGGGAAGAAGCAGGGCGGCAGCGGGGCGAGGGAUGUGGCUGAUGACGGAAAUCCUGGAAAUAAGGAUGGAGGCAAGCACAAGAAUGAGGAUGAUGAUGAUGAUUUGGAGUCAGAUGAAGAAGAACUGUUAAGAGUGAUGGCUCGUUGUAAUCCUGUUUUUAUCACAUUUAAUACGUGAUGUCACUAUAAUAUUGUAAAUUGAGAGUGAAGUGGGAUACAACAGAGAAUGAAGGAGAUAAGGAGAAGUAGAUGACACAGGCAGCGGACAUGUCAUCAGAAAAAUUAAAUGCACAAGUGCACACAAUGUAUACUGUAACAAAAACAUAAGCAUUCAACAACACACAUUUAUAACACAUAAUGUUGUUCCAUUUAAACCACAUUAGCCUAGGUGACAGGAAUGAGUGACUAUGACUGCACAGUACAGGGUUAAAUCAAACUUAUCAGUAUAAAUUGCAAAUUGAAGUAUCAAGGAUAGAAUAUGAACUUUGCAAGGUUAGUACAAAAAGCCAGAAGUAAUCAGUUUAUAUAUAUAUUUUUUUUUUUCUUUUAAUGUUUACAAAUUAUAAUGAUAUUGUGUGUGUGUCUUUUUUAUUAAAAGUAAAUCUACAUGAAAUGAAAAUGCUGCACUUCUCUCUAUGGGAUUAAAGUUUAUUGCAGUUUCCAAGUACUACUAUAUUUUCAAAACUGUCAAAUAGUGAACACCUUUCAUACUUAUAGGCCUAGUUUGUUAUGCCUCCAUUAUUGUCUUUAAACAUGAACUAAAUGUGACC